CUUUCUCAAACCCCAUGCUUGCGACAAAUAGAAUUGGGAGUUUUUGAAUGCAAAGGAUUGGCUUCAAAUUGGAGAUUGCGAGUCAUUGAAGGAGCCAUUCUUAGACUUCUUUUGUCUUGUAUUUGCAUUGAUCAUCAUCAUAUUAAAUACAAAGGUGUAACAGCUUCAUAUGAUCAGCAAGAUGUCAAUAGCUAGUCCUGUUAAGAAAUUAGUUUCUUCUGUGAUACUUGAUUUGGAUGGCACACUUCUUAAUACAGAUGGAGUAAUAACUGAUGUCAUGAAGAGUUUCUUGGUUAAGUAUGGAAAGCUGUGGGAUGGGAGAGAGACUCUUAAGAUAGUUGGAAAGACCCCCUUGGAAGCAUCUACUGCUGUUGUAGAAGCUUAUGAACUGCCUUGCACGGCAGAGGAAUUUGUAAAAGAAUUCACCCCAAUGUUCUCUGAUCAUUUGAACAACAUCAAACCUCUUCCAGGGGCCAACCGAUUGAUUAAUCAUUUGCAUGGUCAUGGAAUACCAAUCGCCUUGGCGUCAAACUCUCCAAGACCUUUCAUUGAGAAGAAAUUGUCCUAUCAUCCGGGCUGGAAAGAUUCAUUUUCUGUUGUAAUUGGUGUAGAUGAAGUUAAGGCUGGAAAGCCAUCUCCUGAUUUGUUCCUUGAAGCAGCCAAAAGGCUCAACGUCCAACCUUCCAGUUGCCUCGUGAUUGAAGAUUCUAUACCCGGUGUUACCGCGGGCAAGGCUGCUGGAAUGAAAGUGAUUGCUGUACCGUCACUGCCAAAACAAUCACAUCUCUACACAAUGGCGGAUGAAGUCAUUAAUUCUCUUUUUGAUUUACGUCCAGAGCAAUGGAGCUUGCCUCCAUUUGAAGAUUGGAUUGAUGGAACUCUUCCCAUAGAAUCUUGGAAUAUCGGUGGUCCUGUCAUUAAGGGAUUUGGCCGUGGGUCAAAGGUUCUUGGCAUCCCUACAGCUAAUUUGUCCACUGAGAGCUACUCAAGUCUUCUCUCUGAAUAUCCAUCUGGUGUAUACUUUGGUUGGGCGGGAGUUUCCAAACGAGGAAUUUACAAGAUGGUUAUGAGCAUUGGCUGGAAUCCUUACUUCAACAAUCCAGAAAAGACAAUAGAACCUUGGCUGCUUCAUGAGUUUGAAGAUGACUUUUAUGGAGAAGAAUUACGUCUAGUUGUUGUUGGUUAUAUACGACCCGAGGCCAAUUUUCCUUCUUUGGAAAGUCUUAUAGCAAAAAUUCACGAGGAUGGGAGAAUAGCAGAGAACGCACUUGAUCUUCCCGGUUACUCAAAAUACAAAGAUGACCCUUAUUUAAAUAGCUUGUUGAAAACCACUUGUAGUAGCCACUCAUAAGUCCGAUCCUUGAGCUCUCGGCUUUGGGUUGGCUUUAUUGCCUAUUAUAUUGGCUUGUCCAAUCCUUUCCUUGUUGUUUCCUUAACAUGUUAAAUUCUUGUUAUCUCUAAAUGAACAUGCUUUUCAGGAGCGUAUAUAAUGUUAAAUGUUGUUGGUACAGAAAUUAUCAAUUAUGACUAGGAGAACAUGCAUUUAGCAAUAUAUGUUACAGAUUGUUUGUUA